CCAAGCGAAAAGACUCAAAAGCUAGCUCAUCUCUGAACUCCAUCCAGAUCCAACUGUUACGGAGUCACAAGAGAGAAGAGAGAGUUCAACAAUGGCAGGUGCAAUUUUAUCUUCCAUCAUCUCAAUCGCCGGCAAGCUGAUAGCUCCAAUACGAGGAUCAUCAGCCCCAAAUCCAUUCAGCUGCGUCAAAGAAGAUCUCAAGCAUUUGAGGAGGACACUGCUGAGAAUUCAAGCAGUUCUCAACGACGCAGAGAUGAGGGAGAUCCAAGACGAGUCAGUGAAGCUCUGGCUGCAUGAGCUCAAGUCCCUAUCUAACGAUGCCGAGGACGUGCUGGACGAGUACAACUACGAGCUGCUACGGAUCCAAAUAGAAGGCGGGACUAGUUCAGCACCAUCCAGCAAGAGGAAACGCGGCGAGGUAAUGAUCUCAUCUUCAACAAAUUUUCCAUUUACAGAAGGCAUGGCAGUUAGAAUUAGGGAGAUCAGGAUGAGGUUUGAUGAGAUUGCAAAGGAGAGGGAUGCCCUUCAUUUAAGAGAAGAAGAUGGAGAGAGACGAUUUCUUACUACAGGAAAGCCACCACCUACGAGCUCGAUCGUCGAUGAAUGGAGAGUUUAUGGCAGAGAAGAAGAGAAGAGAAAGCUGACGGAAUUGUUGCUAUACAAUGAAGAUAAGUUUUCAGUCAUUCCAAUAAUAGGAAUGGGAGGAGUGGGUAAGACGACACUUGCUCAGCUUGUCUACAAUGAUUCCGUGGUAUGUCAACAAUUCAGCACAAAGAUAUGGGUUUCCGUUUCCGAAGAUUUCGAUGUGAUGAGGAUAACGAAAACAAUCAUUAAAUCAAUUGCUUCAACUUCUAGCAGUGCUGAUGAUCAUACCGAACUUGACAAUCUGCAUAGUACUCUCACGAAAGCAUUAGAAGGAAAAAGAUUGUUGCUUGUACUAGAUGAUGUAUGGAAUGAGAGGCCGAGUCUAUGGGAAACACUUCGAGCCCCUCUAGUUCAGGAAUCGACUACUAGCAAAAUCAUAGUAACCACAAGAAAUGAAUCAGUUGCUAGGAUAAUGCAAACUGUCACCCCUAUUCGCUUGGGCUCAUUGGAUGACGACUAUUGUUGGUUGGUGUUCAAGACCUAUGCAUUUGAAAGACAAGUUUCAAUUAAGAUCGAUGCUCCUCCAAAUUUAGAAGCCAUUGGCCGUAAGAUUGCUUUGAAGUGCAAAGGACUGCCUUUGGCUGCAAAGACAUUGGGAAGCCUUCUACGCUUUGAAACUGAUGAAGAAAGAUGGAAGGAUAUUUCAGAAAGCGAGCUGUGGCAUUUAUUUGAUGAAGAGAGAAAUGAGAUUUUGCCAGCUCUGAGUUUGAGCUAUCAUCGCAUGCCAGCACAUUUGAAGCAGUGUUUUGCAUAUUGUUCUUUGUUUCCUCAAGGUUAUCUGUUUGAGAAAGAGUAUAUGGUAAACUUGUGGAUGGCUCAAGGUUAUAUUCGACAAGAUGGAAGAAAUUCGGUGGAAGCCGUUGGCAGUUCAUAUUUUGAUGAGUUGGUACAGAGAUCAUUCUUUCAACAUUCACAACUUGAUGCUGAAGUGGGAAAGUUUGUAAUGCAUGAUCUCAUUCAUGAUCUGGCAAAAUCCAUCUCUGGGAGUGCAUGUGUUAUGACAGAGGAUCAUAAGUUAUCCAAUCUGCCUGAAGAUGUUCUCCAUGCAUCCCUGCUUGCCAGCAGCGAUUAUCAUGGGGUUCCGGAUCUUCCUUUUCUUCAGAACAAAAAGAAGGGUAAAGGAAAGGGUCUUCCUCAGCGGAUCCCAAUCAGAUUGGACUCCUUGAAAGAUCCUCUACGUCUGCGUACAUUGCUCAUACCUGGGUCAAAUAGACUGCAGCCAUUUGAAGUACAUUUGGAGAUGCAAAAUGAUCAGUUUCAAAAUUUGACAUGCUUACGAGCAAUGGACCUGAGUCACUCUGCCAUAGAAGAGCUGCCAGACUCAAUUGGGGAGCUGAAGCACCUUCGCUACCUUCGUCUUCAGAACACUAGCAUCCGGGUACUGCCUGAAUCAGUAUGCGUGCUGUACAAUUUGCAAGUAUUGGACUUGAAGCAUUGCUAUGAUCUUUUGGAGUUACCCAGAGGCAUAGGGAACCUUACUAGUUUAAGGCAUCUCAUACUACCAAUAUUGGAUGAUUCACAUGUCUGCAUUCCACCUGGGAUUGGAAAGUUGAUUCAUCUUCAGACUCUGCCAAUUUUCUAUGUAGGGUAUAAAUGUCACUGUGGAACAGGAGAAUUAAAGGAUUUGACAAACCUCAAACUCAGAGAGCUUCGCAUGGUGGGCCUUGAGAAGGUGACUGAGGAGAUGAAUCCUGAUUUAAAGAAGAUGAAGAACAUCCAAAAACUGACACUGUGUUGGCAUUCGCAUAGCUAUGAACCAUGCAGCUACAGAGGCAAUACCAGUAUCGAUGAUGCCUUUGUUGGUAGGCAAAGCAGUAACAAUGUCAGCAACAGACAUGGGUUAGCUGUUGAUAAAUCGACAGCGGCAUCUACGCUUGAGAACCUCCAACCUCAUACCAACAUCUCGGAGUUGGUUAUACGAGGAUAUAAUGGCACAAGACUUCCAUGCUGGAUGGGUGAUCGAUCCUUCUCCAAACUUGUCUCUGUGAAACUCGAGUUCUGCAAUGACAAAUGUGCACUCCUUCCACCCCUCGGUCAACUUCCAUCACUGCGGAUCCUCUCUAUAGGAGGAAUGGAAAGUUUGCGAGGUAUUGGCAGGGAGUUCUGUGGCUGUGCCUCAGAUAUCACCAAGGCCUUCCCAGCACUGGAGACAUUGGAAUUCACUGAGAUGUGGGAGUGGGAGGAAUGGUGUGGGAUUAAGGAUGGUGAAUUCCCUCGCCUUCGUGAGCUUACAAUAAGUGAUUGUCCCAAGCUGUGUAGGCUUCCAGGCUUGCCUUCAUCCCCACUGACUGAGUUGGAGCUAUAUGAAUGCAAGGCACUGACUGCAAUACCUGCUCUUCCAUCACUAGUUAGUCUGAAACUAUGGGGGGAAUGCAAUUUCAAUAUAUGGUCCUCCUCUUUAGACCUCCCCAGGCUCCAAUACUUGAAAGUUUCCAACUCACAUAGGCUGAGAAUGCUUCAUCUGCAUCAGAACCUAAGUUCGCUCAGAGUGGUGAGGAUUGAGAAUUGUCCGAAUCUUACAACAACCGCAGGACUGCAAUGUUUUAGCUCCCUCCAAUGCUUGGAAAUAUACAAAUGCGGCCACUCGUGGAUCUCACGGGAUGAAAAGUUGGCAUCAAAGACGCUUGUAUGUUUCUGGCCUUCCGACCGCUUGCCCCAUCAGCAGCCAAAUGUUGUUUCUUUCGACAACACGUCAACUCCAUCUCGCGUCCAUGCCAAGGGGAGCGAGAUCUUCUACGGUACACAAAAAGUAUCGCAGAGUGCUGUGCAUAUAUUGAGACGUUCAUCGAAAAAAGAACAGUUAUGGGAUAUUUAUCUAGACUAUUCAAAUGUCCUUGGGACUUAUCCAUUUUUCUUUUCUUAGUAUUUUAACGCGUGUGCAAACACACGCGGCCACUCAUUUUUUGAUGAACAUUUUUGAAACAUGUAUAGCAUCAUGUGGUACUUUUUAA